AUGAACAACAUCUCCUUCCGCGUUGCUAAGGACCCGAAACUUCCUGGACUUCAUCUACUCGCUGCACCCGAAGUACUUGCCGUCGGGGCCCUGGACAUAUCUGUCCGCGUAAUCUCAAAGACGGACAGCACAAUGCCUUCCAAGCGGCAAAAACUUGAGCAUGAGGGCGUUGGCGUCGGCGCCGGAGCAGCCAUGCCUCGCCACCCGUUGUCCGCGGUCGGGAGUCCGAUUCCUUCUGAAGGCCAGGAGGUAUGGUGUAUCAAGCAGCUUCGCGGCAUUCGCAUCGGUGGCUACCCCAAAUCCGCGCCCAUCCCGGGACCCCUUGGCUGGCAGCGGCCGGGCGACUGGGACUUCCUGUGGGCCCCUGCCCGCCUGGCGCUCAAGGCCAUUCCCCACCUCAAGCCAGGGCAGCUGGUUUCGGCAUGCCCGGGACUUAUGAGCAUCACCAAGAAGGCAAGCUGCUGCAGGAGCGGCAAGGGGUUGGCCCGGCUGACUACUGGAGGCAUGGGACGGGUUACACCAACCAUUGGCAUCGCGCAAUAUGGGUGGCGCGGGAACCGCCGCCUGCCCGCCACAUUGAAGGAGGCCCUUGGAGAGUCCCUCGCCUGGGACAUUGUGCCGCACUCGUUCAGCUUACCGGAGGAGCUACCCAAGCUGGCAGCUCAUGCGGUCACCGCAGCUACAGCGCCGGCGACUGCCACUACCGUCAUUGCCGCUACGAGUGCGGCUGCGGCUGCACACGGGGUUGCUGCCACAGGGCCAGCAGUGGAGGAGCGGACAGCAGGCGCCGUCGCAGCCACGGCUACUGACGUGGCGACGGAGGCGACAGCGGCAGUUGCGCCGACGGAGGCUGCCGCGGCGGGAGCAUCGUCGGCUGUCGCUUCUCGUACCGGGGAGCUGUGGAUUCUGAAGACGGCGCAGCACCUUGGCAAGGGGCUGAAGCUGGUGCCGUUGGAUGCGGCGGCGCUGGAGGCCAGCAGGCCGCGGAGAAGGCCGAGUCAGAAGCCGUACGUGCUGGCCCAGCGCUACGUUGACCGGCCGCUGCUAGUGGACGGUCGCAAGUUCGGCAUCCGCGUGUGGGUGGCGGUGACCGGGUUCAACCCGCUGCGGGCCUACCUGCACAGCAAUGGACUGGUGCUGUUCAGCACACACGGGUACGACAACAACAGUUGGCGUACGGAAGCAGGUGACGUGGCACUCGGCCACAUCACCAAUUAUGCGCAGAAUAUGGACGGAACCGUGUGGAGCUUACAACAGCUGGAGGCCCACCUGGGCACGGAAAAGUACGGCAAGAUGUGGCGGCUGGUGCAGCGGAACAGUGCACUGGUCAUUGCGGCGGCGCUCAAACACAUCAAGUCCGACCACGAGGCGCUCAAGUGCCCCAGUGGUAUGACAUGCGAGGUCGUUGGGUUGGACUACUUGGUGGAUGACCAGCUGCACCCCUGGCUGCUGGAGGUCAAUGGAACACCCUCGCUGCAGGUGGAGCAUGAGGAUCCGCGCGUGGAGCAACUUAUACACGACCAAAAGUACGGCAUGGUGCAGGACCUGAUGUCGCUGCUGGGCAUGCGUGAACGCUUCAAGCCCCGAUACGCCGCAAUACGAGCAGCAGCCAAGACCAAGCAGCAAGCCGCCGCUGCAGCGGCAGCGGCAGCCCUUGCGUCCGACGGCGGAGGGGGCGGGCACGCCGCAGCGGCAGCCAAGGCGGCGGCCGCCGCUGCCAAGCCCUCCGCCUCUUUCACCCGGAAGAUUAGAGAGCAGCUGCAACCCUCGACUGACUCGGCCGUCAUGGCGCGUGUGGCUCAGGAGCUAACGCACCGAGGGGGAUUUGAACCGCUCAUGCCGCUCAUGCCGCUUGACCCGCAACUUGGGGUGAGUGUUCCAUGGGACGAUCGGGACUUUGAGCUUCGGCGCGCGAUGGUUUCGUCUGGGGAGUGGUGCAACGGCGUCGCGACGGAGGCAGGGUUGGAUGGCGGGGCGGAUGACAGGGAUGGGGCGGGGCCAGCGGGUGUAGGGGCGGGUGCUUGGCGACACAAGGCGGGACGGGAUGGUGGCGUGGUUGCGGCGGACGGGGUUUGCGACACGGAGGGCGAUGAUGAUGACGAAGAUGACGAUGAUGGUGGUGGGUUAGGCAGCGGAUUGCGGCAGGCGAUGCCCCAUAGCAGCUCAGCUCAGACUGGCAGGCAGUUGGCCGGCGUCGAAGAGGGUGUGCGCACCGACCUUGGCGCCGGCGCUGAGCCCAACGGCGCACAGACCGCCAACGCGUCGGGAUCAGUCGUCUCCAAACUUGCGCUCCAUACGAAAACACCGGCACAACGAGCGCGUUAUAGAGGGACAUGCACAGCUUAG